AUGACCGACUUCACUGAUAAAUUGCGGCCAGCUGAUCCACAAGGACCUAGCAUCCUUGCCCAGGAAAGAUCUGGUUCUAACGUCAACACUGAUCAAUUAGCAAAGCAUCUACUUUCUAGAAAUGGCUUUCUCAACCGGCAGCAGAAGGUUUUGGCCAUCUUGGAGCCAAUUCCAAUCUUCUGCAAAAAGAAUCAGUUGAAUAUGGCCCGUCCAGAUCGAUACCACCUCUCCCUUGCCCGAAGCAAAGCGCUCAGACGACUGUCCAUCAAACAUGGCUGGGAGCGUGAUGAUUAUUUGAUGGCUGAUUACCUUAUGGAUGAGAUGAGCCCGUAUGCGCUUCAGUCGACCAUGUUCUUGACUUCUGUUCGAGAACAGUGCAACGAGGAGCAAAAAGCCUACUGGUUACCGAAGGCAGAGAACUUUGAUAUCAUAGGCUGCUACGGACAGACUGAACUCGGUCACGGCAGCAACGUCAAGGGUAUCGAGUGCCAGGCAAAAUGGGAUCCGAAGUUGAAGGAGUUCAUCAUUCAUAGUCCCACCAUCACGGCGAGCAAGUGGUGGAACGGUGCGCUUGGUAGGACAGCAAAUCACGCCAUUGUCGUCGCACAGCUGCUUUUGCCGAACGUGACCGAUGGGAAAUUAAAGUCCUAUGGUCCUCAUCAGUUCAUUGUGCAGAUCAGAGACAUGAAGACGAACAAGCCCUUGGAAGGUAUCGUGAUCGGCGACAUCGGACCAAAGUAUGGCUACCCUGGCAUGGACAAUGGCUACAUGCUGUUUGAAAAUUUCAGGGUGCCUCAUUCUGCUCUUCUAUCAAGAUACUCAGGUGUGAAUCCAGACACCGGUGCAUACAUUCGACCCGAAAACCCUGCCGUAGUGUAUGGUUCUCUGACGUACGUUCGUGCUCAAAUCAUUAUGCAUGCACGGCUUGUUCUAGCUCGGGCAGUCACUGUUGCAGUCCGCUAUUUGUCUAUUCGAAGGCAGUUUGUGGAUAGAGACACAAAAGAUCCUGGUGCUCCCGAACAAGCGGUUCUCAAUUAUCCGACCGUGCAGGUUCGAAUUCUACCGCUAAUUGCUACUACGUUCGCCCUCCACUAUACGGGGGAGGCAAUGUACAAGCUGUACUAUGGCACACGACAAGAGAUCGAAGAAAGCGGUGAUUUUUCUAGAUUGGCUGAAAUGCACGCUGCAUCAUCUGGUCUCAAAUCAUUGUGCACGACUCUUGCUGCGGAUGGCAUUGAGACUUGCCGUCGAGCAAUGGGUGGUCACGGCUUUGGUGGAGGGAGCGGAAUGAUAGCUCUCAACAAUGAAUACCUCUCUAAGCCAACGGUGGAAGGAGAUAAUUGGAUGAUCACACAGCAGACUGCAGCGUAUCUUAUCAAGCGGAUGACCGAAGUUUUCAACAACUCUGAGCUGAAAGCAACCGAUUCGGUGGAUGCACAAUUCCAAGAUUUCGUUCGAUCUCACCAAGUGCAACAGAACUUCAGCAUUAACUCUGACAUUGAUCUUGUGCGAGCGUUCCGACAUCGAGCAUCCUAUUUGACCUAUCAACUCUAUCAGGCUCGCGUGGUGCAGAAACUGCCGUGGACCGAUUUGAUGCUUUCCUUGCACCGAUUGAGUCGAGCUUACUCGGAGAGCCUCCUGGUAACCAAUUUCUACAAUGCUGUUUUUGAGUCUCAGUUGAACCCUCCCGUCGAUGAUGCCACUGUGAACGUCAUGAAGAACCUGUACAGGCUGUUUGCUAUAUACACGUUGGACAAUUCAUCAUCGGAGUUCCUGCUCUCUAAGGCAUUACAGACGGAACGGCUGCAAUACCUGACGCCCAGACUCCAGGAACUGAUGAAAGAGAACCGGCCCCACGCGGUCAGAUUGGUUGAUGCGUGGUCGAUACCGGAUUACGUGCUUGAAAGUGCGCUCGGCAGCUACGAUGGUGAUGUAUACAAUCGAUUAUUCCACAAAGCCCACAAGGAGAACCCUUUGAAUUUGCAGACAUUCAAUCCUGAUUGGAGGAGUGAGGAGAUCGUCAUGGGUGAAGGCGAGGAAAGUGCAAGAAAGCGCCUUGAAGCUUUAGCGCUGGGUGUGACGGGGCAUGAGCAGGCAAUGAACCCCAGAUCCAAAUUGUAG